AUGUUCAACACUUGGAAGCAGAACAGCAACUCAUAUGUAGUCCUCCCCACAGGACCACCAUUUGAAAAAGCUCAAAAUGGAAAGCCUCGACGAUCUGCUUGCAAUCCCUGCCGUACCCGAAAGAUACGUUGCACAAGUGAACCUGAUGGCUGCAGAAACUGUCGUAGUCGGGACCUGCAGUGCGAAUACGGGACCGAGAGUGACACCGAUCAUAAUUUUGGUUCCGUCAAAGGAAGAAGACAGGUGAAACAGAAAGAGACGACUGGAUCGAGAUCUGGAGGUCUGAUGACUCCUUUCACCGAUGGAUCCUAUAGUGCCGAGGACGAUUCCGGAAAUCUACAAAGCUCCAACAUGAGUGAAGCGGUAGUUCAGGAGCCCGAGGGAAUGUAUUCUGAACUUCAUCACAUGGAACCGGAUUGGUCUGAAUUUAUGUUUGGAUCUCCACAAGACAUAUCGUCAACUCCUACAAACUCUAGAGACUUCAGUCAUGACACAACGUUCGAUAUGACCGUCAGCAUGGACCAAGUCUUGAACUCGCCCGGUAGCUUUCUGACUUCACCUCCACUAGAAGCCAUGCUCGAUGAGGAUCUCUAUCCACAUGAUAGUUUCCCCUUCCCACAGUCGGGAAUAUCAACUAGUGGAAUUUGGCCAACAAGGACAGGACAACUCCAUGACCAGGGCCCAUCAGACGAUAGAAAAUCAUCUUGCCAAUGCUCGAUCACUCCCAUGGAAACCUGGGAAGCCCUCACAAUCAACGUCUCUUCUAAGCACCCCACAUCUCAAAAGUCCAUACAGGCUCAAAAGUCAGCUAUAUCAAGGUGCGAAGAGAUGCUUCAUUGUUCAAAGUGCUCUUCUCAAUCACGGAAUGUCAUCCUUCUCAUCGACAUUUGUGCGAAGCUGCUUGACAGUCUCAAGUUACAGGACCGAGACCUCCAAGCCGACCACCAGCAGGUUGAACAUCGACCAGCGGAAUUUAUGGAUGUCGAGGAUGAGAAGGUUGGGCCGGUUGAUAGCGAAGGUCAGUGA